GUGUUUUAUUUCUUUCUUUAUAAUUUGUAUUUAUUUGCAUAGAUAUAUAAAAGUGAAAUGGUUUGUUUGCUCUUUUAAUAUUUGUAUAUUAAUUUAUUUCACUGACAAUGAAUGGCAGAAAAAUGAAUCAGAAUCAGAAUCAGGUUUAUUGGCCGUGUGUUUAUGUUGACACACACAAGGAAUUUAGUUCCAGCUGUUUGUGACUCUCAAAAGUACAGACAUAAAUAACAUUAUACUAUACAAGACAAGAUAAUACAGAUGAUGCAAGAAAAUGCAGACAAUGUGAUACAACAUAGACAGUAAGUACAGCAGUGAGCAUUGGGUGAAACCUGAACACAAUCUGAAAUUUACAAACUUAUCUGAGUUAAACAGACUAAUCAGUAAAACCUCAUACUAUUACAUGUGUGGACUGAAUGAUGUUACUGUAAAGGUUAAAAACACAGGAGGAAGUAAAUGGCUGAAUCUUUAUCACAAACAAAAGGCAGAAAAACGAGGAGCAUGGAAGAGCCAGAAUCAUUUUCUCAUGAUUUCAGCAGUCUCCUGUCUGAAGAUCUGCUGCUGUGUCCGAUCUGUGUGUAUGUGUUAACUGAUCCAGUCACCACUCCAUGUGGACACAACUUCUGUAACAGCUGCCUUACAUGGUGCUGGGACAAGAGUCAACACUGUCUCUGUCCAUUAUGUAAUCAGAAAUUCAACAAGAGACCUGAACUGAAGAUUAAUACAACACUGAGAGAGGUUGCAGAUUACUUCAAGAAGAAAAGAGAACUGAAGAGGAUUCAGCAGUAUGCAGUGGAUGUGACUCUGGAUCCUGAUACAGCUCAUCCUGAUCUCAUCCUGUCUGCUGAUGGAAAACAAGUGACAUAUGGAGACACACAACAGAAUCUCCCUGAUACACAACAGAGGCUUAAUCCAUGUAUCUGUGUUCUGGGAAAGCAGAGUUUCUCCUCAGGGAGAUUUUAUUAUGAGGUGCAGGUCAGAGGGAAAACUGAAUGGACAUUAGGAGUCGUGAGAGGGAACAUUAACAGGAAGGGGGAGAUGAUACUGACUCCUCAGGAUGGAUUAUGGACAGUGAUCCUGAGGAAUAAGGAUCAGUAUAAGGCUUGUCCUGGUCCCCCUGUCCUCAUCACACUGAGAGAGAAGGUGGAGGUUGUGGGGGUGUUUGUGGAUUAUGAGGAGGGUCUGGUCUCCUUUUAUGAUGUGAAGUCCAGAUCUCAUAUCUACUCUUUCACUGAUCAGUCUUUCACUGAGAAACUCUAUCCAUACUUCAGCCCUGAUUUAAAUAAUGAAGGUAAAAAUUCAGCACCACUGAUCAUCUCUCCUGUAUUUAAAACCGAAUGAAUUUUCACCAAACAAAAUCAAUCACCUAUUAAAUGUUGAGAAUAAGAAUAAAUAAUCUUAUAUUUUGUGAAUUUUCAAAAUACAUAUUUCCUUUUAAAAUGCUGUACAUAUAAUUUUAAUACCUGGUUUUAAUUGUAAUCCUACAGUCUGUUAUUUAUGAUUAUGUGACAUUAUGAUUGUGGAACUUUGUCAUUACAAAUCACAUAUAAAUAAAGAUCAUUUACAGUUUACUCUGAGUUUUACUGCAGAAUUCACUUUGAUCAAUAAAAUGUAUAAAGUUCAGCUGCUGAUGUCUGUGUAGAUAAAAACAAACAAAACUCUGUUUCUGCUUAAAACUUCAUCAAACACAAACACAAUCAGAUUCAUAUUUUAUUUAGAAAUAAAAAUCUCAGGUUAAAAUCUCUUUAUCAGCACUAAUAAGCAAAUGUCUAAAGUAAUGUACAGCAGAGGGAGCUUCAUUAAUAUUCAUAGUGUAAGUGCUACCUGAUUGGUCAGUGAAAUGAUUCAUAUGUAUGUAACUGUAUGUUUUUAAAUUCUUUUUUAACUGUAUGAUUAUAAAUCUCUCAGCCUUCUUUGUCCAGCAAAACAACAACAUUCCCCUCUGAUAGACAAAGAGUUUUAUACUCAUCACUUUUCCACAUACAUGGUGUAACAAAUCAUUCUUUCAGAAUCAUUCAUUAUUUCCACACAAUGUUUUACUAACAU